AUGGCAUCGUUACCGGGAAUGUGGGAGAGAACUAUAAGUAUAGGAUCGGCAGGGAAGACACACUGCAUCACAGGAUUGAAAGUAGGAUGGGCUAUUGGACCAAAACAUCUUUUAAUAAACUUACAAAGUGGUCCAAAGUUGCCCUCUUCUCCCUUUGCGCAGGAAGCCAUUGCUAUCGGCAUCGAAAAGGAUUUAGCGAGGUUUGGUCAAGAUGACUGCUUCCAGCAAUUGUUAAGAAAAAGUCUCAAACUAAAAACUGAUUACAUGGUAGAAGUUUUACGUGAAAUUGUCAUGGAGCCUAUUGUACCUGACGCUGGUAUUUUCUUGGUCGCUGAUUGGGCAUCGUUAGGUGAGAUAGCAACAUAG